AGUUGGGACACCCCUUUAUUUUUUUUUCCCCAAAUCUCGUAUGAACAGAAGAUUGAGAGGAUUGAGGCUUUUUUCAUCUAGUCAACCUUAUUUUAAUAGUAUCAAUAGAAAUGUAUUGGACUUGUCACCAUUUACAGUUGCACAAUCAUUAAAGAGAUCUAAACCAAAUAAUAAGAAUGCUUUACAAAUCAACUUCUUUCUACAGGCUGUGGUUUAUAAUGAUAUACCCCUGGUAAAACGAACAUUACAGAAGUUCCAGGGUCAACCAGGCAUUCAGGUGAUGGACCAUACACAUGCUAUAGAUUCCAUUUAUUUCCAAUGCCUUGCAACUCUUUUCCAACACAUUGUGACAUCCAAGAAUCCUCAUUUACAUAUAAGAGAAUUAAAAUCAAUAUGGGAGGUAAUAUUAGCAAAUCAAGAUAUGAUUAAGGCGUUCAAAUUGGAUAAUAAAUCAAAGGAAAUGUUAAUUUUGAAGAAGAAUAUUCUUUUAUCGUUCUUAUUGACAUGGGAAAAUUCCACAUUGAUUUCUUUAAAGGAUUCAAUUGUUGAUUAUUCUAUCGAUAUAUUUAAAGCUAUUGGUUUGGAAUAUAUACAUUUAGCCCACUUAUUGGACCCAUUUGACGAUGGGAAGGUAAGGAAAGUGUUCAAUUAUGGAAAGAAUGAAGAAAGUAUGGAGGAACCAAAAGUUAUAGAAGAUAUUGUUACCCCAACCAAGAGUAACCCCACCUCCAAGUUUCAUAAUAAAUCAGAAUUUAUGAGUGUCAAGGAUUUAUGUCGAUAUAUACAAGUACGAAGUCCUCAUACAAAAGAUCGGAGUAGUCCAAUGUAUCAAUUAUACGAUUCAUUAGAUCUGGAUUUUGAACGGGAAGCUUUCCUUUUAAAAUAUCUUGAAUUCAAUCUGGAAAAGCAAUUGGUUGUAGAACAGAAUUGUCAGGAUUUAAUUCCAGAAAUUAAACCAAAAUCUUCUAUGGGGGCCAACUUCUCAUUCCAAUCUUCAAAUUCUAACAUGAUUCAUCAUUGGUAUAAGGCAUUUCAAGUAAAGCUCGAAGAAUUGGUUGUAAGAUGCUCUCUGGAUGAAGUUGAACUUCUGUCAGAUGAACAAGUUAUUUAUAAAAAUCUAUUCAUAUUGAAUAAUGUACCAUUGGAGUCUGUGGCAUAUGUUGUUAUGUCAACCAUAAUAUCUGCAACUGUGUACUCAAAAGAUGGGAAAAGUCUGGUGACUGAAACUAGUAAUCAGCUAUCACGUAGUCUCAGAAGACUUGUUGUUAAAUAUUGUUCAAAUAAUGAAAUUCUUUUAAACCAAUUUUCCAUUGAAGAUGGUAUGAUUCUUUCGAUUAGUUUGAUCAAUAUAUUUAAUGCAAGUGCAAAUUUCCCACAUCUCGAUGGCAAACCAUUCUAUCUUGAAAACAUUCCAUAUGAAAAAGAUGGUUAUUAUACCAAUCAUAAAAUUGGAGUCAUUAAAUGUCAUGAUUCAUUAUCAGAUGAAUUCAAAUUGAAAUAUGACAGUUUCUGUCGUAGAGAAGUUUACCUUCCAAUGUUAACUCCACCAAUUCCAUGGGUUUCACCGAUUGAAGGUGGAUACUUCAAUCAAAUCAGACCUAUUGUCUUGGGAGAAGAACGAGGAACAUACCUUGAAUACUUGAAACAAGCACAUAUGACUGGUCAAUUGACUUCUUUAUAUCAAUCCUUAAAUAAUUUAGGAUCAACCGCAUGGGCAAUCAAUCCCAAAAUGUUACAGAUAUUAAGUCAAGUGAUGAAAAUCCGUAGUGGGUUUUUAAAAAUUCCUGAAAUUAAACCCAAAAAGCUGAAAGAAAUUAAACUAUUACAAACAACUAGACCAAAACGUGAAUCAUUUCAAAACGAUCGUGAAUAUUUCUUGGUUAAUUCUAAGCAUAAACAAAAGGAAAAAAGAUUGAUGGAAGAAUAUUACAAUAAACGAAGUUUAAGACAUGAAUAUGAGUACACACAUGCAUUGGCAACUGCAUUUGCACAAAAUGGAGAUAUGAUGUAUUUUCCUCAUGGUUUUGAUUUCAGAGGAAGGGUUUACCCAUUGACAUCCACUUUAUCGUUUUACCAGGACGAUCUUGUCAGAUCAUUAUUAAUGUUUUGGUAUUCGAAACCCUUAGGUAAGUCUGGAUUAAAUUGGUUAAAAUAUCAAUUGGCUGGAGUUUAUGGUAAGGAUAAAUUAAAUUAUCAUAAUCGUAUCGAAUUCAUUGAUUCCAAUUGGGAUUUAAUUCUAGAUUCUGCUAAAAAUCCUUUACACGGUAAGAAGUGGUGGUUGGACGGAGAUAAACCAUGGCAAACACUUUCACUUUGUCAAGAAAUGGAUUCAAUAUCGAAAUAUGUCGGCGAAGGAGGUAAAUUGGAAGAAUAUAAAUGUCGUAUCCCGAUACAUCAAGAUGGCUCAUGUAAUGGGUUACAACAUUAUGCUGCCUUGGGUGCGGAUCCAGACAUCGGGAAGGCAGUCAAUUUGAUCCCUCAUCUGGAUGGUGAGAGGGGAGAUGUUUAUUCUUCAGUACUUGAAGAUGUUAGAGUUAAAGUUGCACUGGAUGUACACCAAACUCUGGAAGAUUCCAUACCCGCAAUUGCAUUACCGUUGUUGACCCGGAAAGUAUUAAAGCAAACAGUGAUGACCAGUGUUUAUGGGGUGACAAGAACUGGCGCACAUAGACAAAUUAAAAAUAAAUUGCAAGAUAUCUUGGACAAUGGGAAAAUCCAUGGACAAUCCAAGUCGAUAACUCCAAGUCUUGCCAAACGUUUAAAUGAAAAUCUCGGGCAAGUUUCUGAGUAUUUGGCAGUUUCAACCAUUAAAUCCAUGGAUUCGCUUUUUGCCAGUGCUAAAAGAAUUCAAGAUUGGUUAAUGUUAAAUUGUUAUACUGUAGUGACAUCCAUUGAUUGGGACGCUAUAGUAUAUAACAUGGGACAAUCAAAUGCAACUUAUCCCGAUUUCUUUGGUGCAAAGACGUAUAAUCCUAUGAAAUGGACGUCUAUAUCAGGGUUCCCCGUGAUUCAACAGUAUAAACAUUUAAAGCAUAAAGUUUUGACGGCAUCAACACUACUGAUGAAAAUAAACGACUCAAAUGAACUUGGUAGAAUCAAUAUUCAAAAGCAAAUUAACGGUAUUGCACCAAAUUUCAUUCAUUCGAUUGAUUCUAUUCAUAUGCAAAUGACGUGUCAAGAAGCGUAUACACAAGGACUUACGUUCCAAUCAGUGCAUGAUUCAUUUUGGACACAUCCCAAAGAUGUGAAUGAAUUGAAUGAAAUAAUUAGAAAGGAAUUUGUUCGAUUACAUAGUUUUGAUAUUUUGGGGAAUUUAAAACUGGAUUUGGAAUAUACUACAAGACAUUCCGUUCAUUUAGUUUACGUUAAAAUUGAUGAAAAUGAAGAGUUUUGUUCCAGGUUGAUGAAACUUCGUCAAUUAUAUUUCAAAGAUAUGAAGUAUACAAAGAGGGUGUUUUAUAAUCGAGCUAUGUUUCAAGAAGCACGUGAACUACUAACGGGAAAUGGGUCACAAAGUGAAUAUAAAACUCUUUUGAAUACUUAUAAACCGGAAUAUUAUUUCCCAUGGGGUAAAAAAAUGAUUAAAUAUUCAGAAACUUCAACUAUGAAAGACUUUACAAAAAGUGAAAUUAAACUUAAAACUUUUAUGCCAAUUUUAGUACCAAUCAAAAUCACAAAUACUCCUACAAGAGGUAAUUUAGAUGUGAAAAAAGUUAUAGACAGUGAGUUUUUCUUCUCCUAA